AUGUCGACCCAAGCUGCACGAAGCAUUCUUUUCACACACACUUCCCCGCAACAAGGCUUCAGGCUAUUAGAACUGCCCUCCGAACUGGUCAAACAGCUCUCUUCCAAAGACCCUCCCACGAUCGAGCUAAAAUCUCCGAACACGACACAUUCCUCUACGACGACUACUGAGCCCGAGGUCCGCGAAUACGUCAACCUCUGCACGUCGACACAAACAUAUCGAGUUCGACAGGUUCAAUCAUCGAAUUCGCUACUGGUGAUACGACCGAGCGAUGGUGGUGUCGAACGCGGGGAUAUCAAUGUCGUCGCCGACGUGGAGCAAGCCGAACUGAAUCUCGUCGAGACCAUGACAUCCAUCUCUAAGUGCGGAUCAACGCUGGAACUGCACACGCCGCAGGAAGGAUUCUCCGCUGUUCCGUUCCUGGAGAGGAUUCUGAGUGUAUAUGACCUAUUCAGCACAGUGGGCCAUGGAAUGGAUGGAGAUAAUUAUGAUGAGGAGGGGGUAGUUGAUCUAGUCCAGAGAAGGGGGAUUGUACAGCGGGUUUUUGAAGAUGUCCCUGUGUCGAGGGCAGAAUGUGAACGGGGCUGGAGAGAGGGGAUUGAUCUAGGGAAACAGUUUCUGGUGUCGGAUUUGUGGAAGUCGGUGCUUGAUGAUGGGGCUGAGGAGCCGUUUCCACGGCCGCUUUUUGAAGCAAUUGUUAGGAGAGUUUGUGAUUUGGGGGUUGAGCAAGGUGGACUGCUGACCGACGGGGAUUUAAAGUGGGCAAGCAUCGACAAGGCUAGCUGCACACGAUGGGCCGGCGAGACCUACCUAGAGGCUAUGGCGCCGACUUCUGCUUCUGCCAUCGCCCGGAACGACUUCUUGAACGCUUGGAGAAACCAUCUCCCUGAAUCGUGGCAUGAUGAUGUUGUGUUGAGUAAGCUAACGGAAGGCUCAUAUAAACAUCCUGAGCCAACGACUAUCUGUUUCGUCAACGAAGCCGGUCGCCAAAAAGCUAAAAACAAUGUUGCAACUGAUGCUAGCGCAGCCACCGCAGCCAAGAAGACCAGAAACUGGCACGAAUUGUUCAAAAACCAAAAACGACAGAAGCAUUAA